GCUGCUCAGCCGCGGCAGCGACGGAGGCUGGAGGCCGUGCGGAGCGCCGGCAGGGGCGUCGGGAGGCGGAUUCCGCCUUCUUUGAGCGCUAGGGGGCGGGAGGAGGGGGCCGGGCCAGCGGCGCUGCCAGCCGCGAAGACAGCGGACUGAGCGAUGGAGGCCGACGGGCAGUCGUGGGCCGGCGAGUCCGUGUCGGGCCCGGGUCCGGGAGGCGGCGGAAUGAUCCGUGAGCUGUGCCGGGGCUUCGGCCGCUACCGCCGCUACUUGGGACGGCUGCGGCAGAACCUGCGCGAGACCCAGAAGUUCUUCCGCGACAUCAAGUGCUCCCACAGCCACAGUUGUCCCUCCUCCCCCGCGGGCGGCGGAGCGGCCGAGCCUGGCCCUGCCGGCGACGUCGCCGAAGCCCCGCUGCCGGCGGGCCAGCUGAGCUGCAUUUCCUUCCCACCCAUGGAAGAGAAGUAUCUCCAGCAGAUUGUGGACCACCUUCCCUGUAUACUGGUCCUCGGCCAGGACUGUAAUGCCAAGUGCCAGCUCUUGAACCUGCUGUUGGGGGUGCAGGUGCUUCCCACCCUCAAGCUGGAGAGUGAUGAGAGCUGUAAGCUUCGACGCCUCCGCUUCACCUAUGGGACUCAGACUCGGGUCAGCUUGGCGCUCCCCGGUCAGUAUGAACUAGUGCACACACUAGCUUCACAUCAGGACAACUGGGAGACCAUCCCUGAGGAGGAUCUGGAGGUUCAAGAAGACAGUGAGGACGCUGCUCAUGUGUUAGCUGACCUCGAGGUGACAAUGCAUCAUGCUCUUCUGCAGGAAGUGGACAUUGUGGUGGCACCGUGCCACAGCCACCGGCCCUCAGUAGAUGUUCUGAGUGACUUGGCAAAUGAUUUCUUGCCUGUGAUAACCUAUGCACUUCACAAAGAUGAACUCUCUGAGAGGGAUGAGCAAGAGCUUCAGGAAAUUAGAAAAUAUUUCUCCUUUCCCAUGUUCUUUUUCAAAGUACCCAAGCUGGAGAUAAUCAACUCUUCCAGUGGGAGAGCAGAGAGUGAAAGAUCACCACUGUAUGGACAGCUAGUGGACCUGGGCUAUCUAAGCAGCAGUCACAGGAACUGUGUAGCCUCUGACCAGGACUGUAAAGCUCAGAGCAUGUUGGUGGAGCAAAGUGAGAAGCUGAAACAAUUGAGUACAUUUUCUCACCAGCUGCUACAGAACCGCCUAGUGGAUGCAGCCAAGGCCCUGAAUGUGGUGCACAGCCACUGCCUUGACAUCUUUAUUAACCAGGCUUUUGACAUGCAGCGGGACCUGCAGAUUACUCCCAAACGCCUAGAAUAUACUAGAAAAAAGGAGAAUGAAUUGUAUGAAUCGUUGAUGAAUAUUGCCAACCGAAAGCAAGAGGAAAUGAAGGAUAUGAUUGUUGAAACACUUAACACCAUGAAAGAGGAACUUCUGGAUGAUGCUGCCAACAUGGAGUUUAAAGAUGUCAUUGUCCCUGAGAAUGGAGAAACAAUCGGGACCAGAGAGAUCAAAUCCUGUAUCCGGCAGAUCCAGGAGCUCAUUAUCUCCAGGCUCAAUCAGGCGGUGGCCAACAAGCUGAUCAGCUCAGUGGACUACCUGCGAGAAAGCUUUGUUGGGACCCUGGAGCGGUGUCUGCAGAGCCUUGAAAAAUCACAGGAUGUCUCAGUUCAUAUUACCAGCAACUAUCUCAAACAGAUCUUAAAUGCCGCUUACCAUGUUGAAGUCACUUUUCACUCGGGGUCCUCAGUUACACGGAUGCUUUGGGAACAAAUCAAGCAGAUCAUCCAGCGUAUCACAUGGGUGAACCCGCCCACCAUCACUCUAGAGUGGAAGAGGAAGGUGGCCCAGGAAGCCAUCGACAGCCUCAGCGCCUCCAAAUUGGCCAAGAGCAUUUGCAGCCAGUUCCGUACUCGACUCAAUAGUUCUCAUGAGGCUUUUGCAGCCUCCUUGAGGCAGCUGGAAGCUGGCCAUUCUGGCCGUCUGGAAAAAACUGAAGAUCUGUGGCUAAAGGUUCGAAAAGAUCAUGCCCCUCGUCUGGCCCGCCUUUCACUAGAGAGCCGGUCUUUACAGGAUGUCUUGCUUCACCGUAAACCUAAAUUAGGACAGGAACUAGGCCGAGGCCAAUAUGGUGUGGUGUACCUGUGUGACAACUGGGGGGGACACUUCCCUUGUGCCCUCAAGUCAGUUGUUCCUCCAGAUGAAAAGCACUGGAAUGAUCUGGCAUUGGAGUUUCACUACAUGAGGUCUCUGCCAAAGCAUGAGCGGCUGGUCGAUCUCCAUGGUUCAGUCAUUGACUACAACUACGGUGGCGGCUCCAGCGUUGCUGUACUGCUUAUCAUGGAGCGGCUACACCGGGACCUCUACACAGGGCUGAAGGCUGGGCUGACCCUGGAGACACGUUUGCAAAUAGCUGUGGAUGUGGUAGAGGGAAUCCGCUUUCUGCACAGCCAGGGGCUUGUUCAUCGGGAUAUCAAACUGAAAAAUGUGCUGCUGGACAAACAAAACCGGGCCAAGAUCACCGACUUAGGAUUCUGUAAACCAGAAGCUAUGAUGUCAGGCAGCAUUGUGGGGACACCAAUCCAUAUGGCCCCUGAACUUUUCACAGGAAAGUAUGAUAACUCUGUGGACGUCUAUGCUUUUGGGAUCCUCUUUUGGUAUAUCUGCUCCGGCUCUAUCAAGCUCCCUGAGGCAUUUGAGAGGUGUGCUAGCAAAGACCAUCUCUGGAAUAAUGUGCGCAGAGGGACCCGUCCAGAGCGUCUUCCUGUAUUUGAUGAGGAGUGCUGGCAGUUGAUGGAGGCGUGUUGGGAUGGUGACCCCUUGAAGAGGCCCCUCUUGGGCAUCGUCCAGCCUAUGCUCCAAAGCAUUAUGGACCGGCUCUGCAAGUGCAGUUCUGAACGACCAAACAGAGGACUAGAUGAUUCGACUUGAAGACAAAACCCUUUCUCUUCCACUCUGUUCCUUCCUUCCCUCUCACCUUUUGGCCAUGGAGAGAAUUUGUCAUUUGUUCAUUAAGGGAGCUCCCAAGAGAACUGGUGCUUGGUGGCAACGCAAGGCCUUCCUGGGUAGGGAUGGCUCCUGGGCAGUGAAUAAGUCAGUGGCUGUUUAGUGAUCACACUACCUUACACUGCCUCUUUGGCAAAAGACUGUCUCAGAUGUUUCAGAGCUAAAGAAUGUAAUGUUCUGGCCUCAGAACUGAAAAGGAGACAACUGUUACAACUGUCUGCUCGCUGUGUGUCUCUAAAACAAGACAGGCCUGCAGUGCAGGGCAGCAGUCCAGCGGUAGAGACCACUUAGAAACAUGACCUUAGUUCCGGAUCGUAUGGUCAUAAAGGCAAAAACCAAACCAACCUUGCCAGAUAGACCUUGUGGUUGUCUGGUUCUUGUUCUUUAUAGCCAGGAUCUCAAGUUGUUACAGUCAAAGACCCAGGAGGCAGUUGGACAUGGAGCUGUCUAUCCUUACAACCCAGUGUGUUUACAUUUCCAGGGCCAGGGAGCCCUGGUUUCUGUGGGGCAGAGCUAACCCAGAACAGAAUCUGUUUGAUUCUUGUGUCUUUCCCCACCCUCUGCCCUUCCUUUUUCCUCAAAAAGGAGGGAAUAAACCAGAUAACAUGGUACUUGGGCUUGAGCAUCUAGUCAGAAAUAGGCUAUAAUUUUGUUGUUUUUAAUGGAAUGUAGCCCAGGCUAGCCUUAAGUCCAUCCAUAUGCUACCAUGCAUAGCUUCUAACUGUAUAACUCCUUUCUUCUCCGUGCUAGGGAUCAAUCCCACUACUCAGAUAUUGCUGGUAAGCACUCUCCCAUGGGCUGUGCUCCAGCUCCAUAUAGCUUUUCAGUUCACUUUGAACACUCUGCACCGUGAACUCUGAUAAUUGUGCAGUUGAGCAUGGUGGUCUUAAACACUCACAACUCUUCAGAAAUACCAUGUAACACGUUCUACAUGCAAACUGUAAUGGAGAAGUGAUGGGCUGGUGUCUUUGCGUUCCUUGGCUCUGGCUCAUUUUGGCAGAAUGCUUAGUCUAGCUUUUAGAAUUUUAACACCUACUCAGCUCUACUUAGUUACUCUACUCUGAGGGUUAACAUGUUGCCCUCUGGAGACAGUAGGAUGUACAGGAAUCCAAGGAGUCAAGAGGGAAGAAAUGAGUCGUCUCAGCUAGGUAGGUCUGUGGUGUGUAAAACCUGAGGUCUUGUGUAGUUAGAAGACUGCUGACCCUUGUUGUGGAGUCACUGUAGUAAGGAGGAGGUAGCUCCAGUAUGAAACUAUAUUCCUAACAUUCUUUGGGCCACUUAGCCCACACUCAGACUCAUAAGUGGGAGGUUAGAUUUCUGUUUCCUCAUUCAGAAUCUCUUUUCUGUCUCCUGUCAGAUUACAGGUUCCUUCUUUUAAUUUUAAAAAGCCGAUUUCCAUCAUUUUCUGCUCAGUGGGAGGAGCAGAGAGAUAAUGCCAUAAGGAAAGGAGGAAUCGUUGUAUAGUUCCUUCAUUAAAGAGUAUCCGAGAAAGGCCCAAGAUACUCCUGAACGUAACUGGGCAAGCCAAAGGCCAUGUUGCGGGUAUUUGGUAUUGGUAUUUCAAUGCUCAGCGGGCUGAGUAUGUGAACACGUAUGUCUAAUUUGUGUGUGUUUUACUUUAUAACAUUGUAAGCUAUUUUUGAUUCUGUGGUUUUUGGCAUCUACUAUUAUUUCAGCGAUAAAAUGCCAUGAAAUGUACUGUAUUGUAUAUCACUUGGGGAGAUGCUAGGUCAGAGAAGUGGCAGCACUUGGGUAGUACAGGGCUUGACAGGGCCAAAGUUCUGAAGAUUUACCUCUGGGCUGAGGGAGGAAGAAGGGUGACAUGAAAAGUGCCAUCCCUCAAAACAGUUCCAACGGCUCCAGCCCAGCACUCACACCGGCUGCUUCCUGGGAGCUCAAAGUCUGACUACUCAUUUUGCCUCAGAACGGAGUGACAGGCCUCUCUGCAGAGCAAUCCAAAAAAAUGUCGGCAGAGUCUGAGCCCUGCAAGGCUCAUCUGUGCCCAAGAGCUGUAUCUGAGGCACAGAUGACUGGCUUCUUGACUGAGCAAUCUUUCACUGUUCUCAGGAAGAGGGCUAUCCUGGUUGUUGCCAGACCAAAGAGAGUCCCUUCUGACUCUCUCAAGUUUAAGGGACAGGGCUAGACAGCCAUGGUUCUAUGUGUUAACACGAAUGCUCAAGAAAACCAAGGAAAGGCUGCACUGCUGUUGCAGCCAGAGCAGGAGAAUGGGAAACUCUGGACCCCUGGCAGCUCCCCAGAUGCUUUUCUGUAUUUUUGCUUGAGCUGUCAAACAGGUUGGAGCACUCAGGGUAGAAUGUGCUUAGCCUGCACAUGGCCUUGGGUUCAGUGCCUAGUACCAAAAACAAACAAACAAACAAAACGAACCACGAAGGUCAAAGGGGUUGGAAUGUUUUUCUGACAGCAGCGGCCUGGGGUAGUAGGGCUGCACAGUGACAACUGCACUAAAUGACACUUUAUUAUUGUCUUAUUUAGCACUGAGAAGCCCAGGGGAUAGGUGAAUACAGUCACACUUAGUAAACUGAGGCACCCUUUGGUCUUGUUCUAGAGAGAUGCCCUGUUUGAGCUAGCUUACUGAGAGACCUCCCAAGACCAUGUUCUGCCAGGAUGAAGUAACAGCCUUGGUAAAGGGUAUCCCAAAGAAGGGGCUGCUUUAACGGUUCAGACUAGCAUUUUGUAUUUGUUGGGUCAAAAAGUCCACAUAUUUCUUAAAAGAAAAUGAAGAUUGAGUUUUCUAAAUGUUGGGGUGUGAGCUAGAGCUGGUGUAACAUUAGAGUGUACCAGGAAGGGGUGGCCUUAAACAACACCUGUACUGCAAACUCCCCUAGAAGUUUCAGGUAGUACUGUCGUUCUUAAGAGUUUUAUUUUUAACUUGAUGUGCUUUAUUAGCAUCUAGUGUGAUUGUCAUGAUGGUGAAGAAUGUACAAAUACCUGACGUCAUCUGGCACACCAAGUAGCCUGGAGAGUUGACAAGAUUAGUCUGGAUGGCCUGCUGGGGUUUGGUUUGGGUUUUUUUUGGGGGGGUUGGGUGGGGAGGAGUUGGGUUUUUUUUUUUUUGUCUUUAUGUAAUGUUUUUGUUUUAAAGGACUAAUGUUUAUUACAGUGUUAUAUAAAAGUGUAACAUAUUAAGUGUAUAGAAUAAAGUGCAAUAACAAACAUUUACUCGACACCAAUUUUAGCCUCUGUACCCUCCUUUCUUGUGCAGUGUGAUUCUUUCCAUGGCAUUGUUACAGUGGGACCAUUUUGUUUGUCUGUUUUGUUUUUUGAGAGUUGCAACCCUAAGUGUUGUCUUAGUAUAAACUAGGUUUCGUGGAGUCUUCUGGAAGUUUUUAGGAUAUGGAUACCAGGUGUGCUGUAUAAUAAAAACCACGUUCGUGUUC